UUUUUAACUGCUGCGUAUAGUUGUUCUACUUCUAGUUUAAAUAAUCUCUCCACAGUAUAAUUAAUUUUUAUUUUUAUUUUUAUUAUUAUUUUUGGUGCUCCGAUUUUUGGAGGAAUCUCUGCCGUCGGCUGCCGGAAUAUUCUGCUGAGCAAGCAGUCACUGUUUCCGUAUGGCCGUAGGAUUGUCAUCUGGCAUAUGCGGCUUGUAAUUUGUAGUUUCUGUUGAGGAUUUAGGCCGGUUUUGUAGUUGGAACUUGAGAUGGGAUCCAAUACAGAGGAAGCCAUUAGAGCUAAAACAUUUGCCGAGAAGCAGUUUUUGGAGAAAAAUUUCGUUGGAGCACAGAAGUAUGCUUUGAGAGCUCAGACAUUGUGUAAGGAACUGGAUGGCAUAUCUCAGAUGGUGGCCACGUUUGGAGUCUAUGUGGCUUCUGAUGCAUUGGCUAACGGAGAACUUGACUUUUAUUCAAUUCUUGGAGUGGACCCAUCUGUUGAGAAAUCCAAAUUGAAGAAGCAGUACAAGAAAAUGGCAGUAAUGCUACACCCUGAUAAAAACAAAACUGUUGGCGCUGACGGGGCUUUCCAGCUAGUUUCUGAAGCAUGGAAACUCUUAUCUGAUAGUGCUAAUAGAAGUGCUUAUGAUCAACGGAGAAGUUUGUUUGCUGGGUACAGUGAUCCUUCCAAGUUUUCUGCCCAUGGAAGACUCGAUACAUUUUGGACUGUUUGUUCCUCCUGUCAUGUCCAGUAUGAGUAUCUUAGGAAAUAUGUUAACAAACGGCUUUCUUGCAAAAAUUGUCGUGGUGUCUUUGUUGCCGUUGAAACUGGGUUGGCCCCGCAAAAUGGUACUUUCCAAUAUAACUAUUCUUAUGUGUCUGAGAAUGGUUAUGGUCAUGGAAGCCAUGGUCGUGGGGUUGCAUAUAUACCCACUGCAACUGGUUACGGUGCACCAAAUGUGGUGUCAGGACAUCAUACUGGAUAUAGAUCUGAGUAUGCUUCUAAUAUAUCAUUUCAGGGUACCUCAGCUGGAAACUCUGUCGGCCUCUCAGAUCGCAGUGGACUGUCUUCAUCUUCUUUUGCCUAUUAUCAAGCCAAUGGAGAGGCAAGCCAGACAAAAGCUAACACCAAGCAUCAGUCGGUGAAGGCCACGGGUCACAUGGGAUCUAACGGUUGUAAUGGUCAGUACGAUGCAUCCAAACCCAGACGGGGGAGACCUGCCAAGAAGAGAAAAGUGGAAUUAGGAAUUUCGUAUCCCUAUGGACAUGAAGAAGUUUGUGCAGAUGUUCAUGUAGAACCUAAGACAGCCACUGCAAAUGGAAUAUUAAAGCCUGCUGGUAAGCUUCCCUUUGCACCACAAACGUUGACAAGGCGGAGUUCAGCUCCUGUUCCUGCAAUUGAUGGGAGACAGUUGUUGAUUGAUAAGGCAAGAACAGAAAUUGGUAGGAAGCUUGAAGAGAUGAAGUUGGCUGCCGAAGCAGCUGCGGUAGAAGCUGAAAAAAGAAAGGCGCUUGCCGAAGCUGCCAAAUCAGCUGCUGCUAAUAAAUUGGAACUUAAGAGAACUGUUUCGAUAACAGUUCCAGAUUCUGACUUCCAUGAUUUUGACCUUGAUAGAUCUGAAGAAUGCUUUAAGCCGAAGCAGAUAUGGGCCCUCUAUGAUGAAGAAGAUGGGAUGCCUCGCUUGUAUUGUAUAAUUCGGGAGAUCAUCUCACUGAAACCAUUCAAGAUUUACAUAAGCUACUUGAGCUCAAAAUCCGACACUGAAUUUGGGAGCGUAAAUUGGUUGGAUUGUGGUUUUACCAAAUCUUGUGGGAGUUUUAGAGUGUUUCACUCUGAAACAGCGGAGCAAGUCAACAUAUUCUCUCAUCUCCUUGCUAGGGAGAAGGCUGGUAGGGGAGGUUGUGUAAGAAUAUAUCCAAGAAGUGGAGAUAUUUGGGCUGUAUACCGGAACUGGUCACCGGAUUGGAACAGAACAACCCCAGAUGAGGUAAGACACCAGUAUGAAAUGGUCGAGGUUCUUGAUGAUUAUUCUGAAGAUAACGGUGUCUGUGUAGCGCCUCUGAUUAAGCUGGAUGGAUAUAAAACAGUGUACCGAAGGAACAUAGACAAGGAUGCUACCCGAUGGAUCCCAAGAAGAGAGAUGCUACGGUUUUCACAUCAGGUCCCAUCUUGCCCCCUCAAAGUUGAAAGUGCUAACUUGCCCGAGGGUUGCUGGGAUCUCGACCCUGCUGCAACCCCAGAAGAACUCCUACAAGGAGACACUGAACUCCACAACAAGAGUAGUCCAGGCCAGACAGCAAACAUUUCUAAGAUCCUAGAAGAACAAAAUUCAUCUGAAGAAAAGGUGAGCCAAAGGAAAAUCUGUGCUUUGACUCCAGACAAGCACGGGACAGAGGUUCCAAGCAUGGAGUACGACAGAAACACUACCGAGCUCCCUCAAUUAGAAUGCAGAACUGAAGAAGCUCCAGCCGGACUCCCGUGUGUGGGAACAGGCUAAGAGUUGAGGUAAUCUGAAACACUCCAAUUUUACAUAUUUCAAGUUCUUCCUCACAGCUGAACUACAGGGUUGACAAACAAGAGAAGUGAAGAGAAAGUAGAAAUCAAACUUGCAGGGAGAGACACAAGUGUACAGAUUUAAAAACAGCCUAGAUUGAUCCUACUUUCCUAAAAAAGAUUAGAUAGUUGGAGGAUUAGAAGGAAUCCUUGCCUGCUCCUUUGGGAGCUGAAUAUCCAUUCAGUAAUUUGUAACCUUAAUUUUAGAACUGUUCGACUCCUAUAGAAAUCCUUUAUGUUUGACUCUUUUAAGAGACAAUAUGUAACCCUUGCUUUUCUCGCAAUUUCUGCGAAAUCUUGAGAAGUUUCUUGCACCUUUUUGAUUAA